UAGCCUUUUCGUUGAUGGAUUCUGGUUUCUUUAUGUAGGGAUUAUUUAUUCUGGCUGUGUUGUCUAGUUAAAAAUGAGUCUGAAAUCUCACUGCUGCCAAGAGCAUAUUCCUUUAUGCAGCCGCAUGUUUAUCUCACUCAUGUGAACAAUAGAAGCUACAGAAGCACGAGACCUUUUGUAGAAGAUCCAUGUGAAUCAUUUUCCUGUGGGUUUUCUUUGAAAUGGAGACCGAGCUACUUGAAUUGUCAAUCUGUAAGAUACAUGAGUAAUGCAUCGAUUGAAUUAAAAACAGAGGAUGACGUUGUCAGGUUUUCUAUUAAUAAACCACUUGAUAAAACUGGCCCUUCAAUGAAAGAGAAGAAGAAUCUCAAACGUGCUAAAAUGUCACGAAAAGCCAAAUUGAAUGAGUUACGGCUCUAUCGUCUUAAAGCGAAAAAGAAGAUGAAUUCUCCAAAUCCAGAAGUUAGGAUUAGAUACAAACUUGAAAAGGCCAAACGGAAGGAAGAAUGGUUGAUUGAGAAACUGAGGAAAUUCGAGGUUCCUAAGGCCCCGACUGAAGCAUAUGAUCCGGAAAUUUUAACUGAGGAAGAAAGGCAUUACCUAAAGCGUACUGGUGAGAAAAAGAAGAAUUAUGUUCCACUUGGGAGGCGUGGAGUAUUUGGAGGUGUUGUUCUCAAUAUGCAUCUCCACUGGAAGAAACAUGAAACUGUAAAAGUUUAUUGCAAGCCUUGCAAACCAGGGCAGGUUCAUGAAUAUGCUGAGGAACUUGCUCGACUGAGCAAAGGCAUUGCGAUUGAUAUAAAGCCUGACAAUUCUAUAAUAUUCUACCGGGGAAAGAAUUAUGUGCAGCCAAAUGUUAUGUCUCCUCCAGAUACCCUAUCAAAAGCCAAGGUAUAUUUUGGUUUUUUCCCUGUUAAUCUGUUUGUAUUCUCUUCGAAUGUUAAAGUAGGAUAAACUUCCAGUUUCUUUUGAAUGUUUGUCAGUAAGUAGGAUAACUUUCGAACAAUAUUUCAAACAUACAACGCAGAACUUCAAACUUUCUGGGGGGACACAAGGAUCUACUCUUAUAUUUCAUUGCUUUUCUUUUCGUAGUCUUUUAAAGUGGAGGGAGAAUGGAGAAGUGUUGGUACAGAAUGGUUUAGGUUUUGAUAUGCUCAAUAGAUUAGAAAUUUUAAUUCUUUUAGAUAUAAAAUUAUUGUACUAUUUUUGAAGUCUAUUAUUAUAGUUUUAGUAAUUUUAAAAUUUUAUUCUCUUUUAGUAUUUAGUUUUUUUAUUUGUGUUAGUCGUAUUAUUUCAAUUUUUAACAAUAUUAGUAUUUCUUAGUUUAAUACUAUUUGGUGAAGGUUAUUUAGGAAGCAUUAUAAUUAUUCUUACAAUAAUAAACUUCAUUUAGUCAAUAAAAUAUACGAGAGCUUCUAAAUUUUCUUAUAGUGUGAUGCAAUCAAACCCAAGCGUAAUGCUUAAUAUGUCUUAGACGUGAUAUAUAAGAAACCUUAGGUGUUAUGUUUGUAUUUUUAUCUCCAAAUCCUAAUUAGGCAAAUUAAUCAUAAUUUACCCGAUGUCAAGUGUUGCCUUUCUUGUAAAUACUUGUUUUAGAAUUUUGACUAGCAGCAAGAAAUAGAUAUUAUGCGAUUGUUUGAAUACUAGAUAGCUUUACCGCCUUU